AUGUUCUCCUUCACGUUUCUCCUCCUCCUGGUUCCACGUGCGCUGCUGUCCUCCAGACAAGUCGCAGUCAUCUCCCCUCAGGAUCCCGUCCUGCGUAUCGGCUCCAGCCUGACAGCCUCGUGCACGCUGAGCCCCGAGCUGGGCCUCCACGCCGGCACGUUGUACUGGACCCUGAACGGGAUGAGUCUGCCCGGCAGCACCUACAGCGUGGUGAGCCCCGACACCCUGAGCGUCACGCUCCGAAACCUCAGCGGCUCCCGGCAGCAGUCCGGAGACAACCUGGUGUGCCACGCAGCGGACGGACACGUGCUGGCCGGCUCGUGUCUCUACGUGGGCAGGCCUCCAGAAAAGCCGGUCAAUUUAACAUGUUUGUCCCACAACACAAAGGACUUGAGCUGCAAGUGGAGCCCGGGGGGGCGCGGUGAGACCCACGUCCGAACCAAAUACACCCUCAAGUACAAAUUGAGGUGGUACGGGCAAGAGAAGGAGUGUGAGAUUUACAGCGCGGGGAAGCAGCGUUACUCCUGCUACAUCCCCCGCAACCUCGCCCUCUUCACCCCCUAUGAGAUCUGGGUGGAGGCCGCCAACCAGCUGGGCGCCGCCACCUCGGACAUCACCACCCUGGACAUCCUCGAUGUCGUGACCACUGACCCUCCUGCCAACGUGCAGGUGAGUCGUGUCGGCGACCUUGAGGACCAGCUGACGGUCCGCUGGGCCAGCCCCCCCGAGCUCAAGGACAUCCUGUUUCAGGCCAAAUACCAGAUCCGCUACCGGCUGGAGGACAGCACUGAAUGGAAGGUGGUGGAUGAUGUGGGAAACCAGACGUCAUGUCGGCUCGCAGGCCUCCGGCCCGGUAUCGUCUAUUUUGUCCAGGUGAGGUGCAAUCCAGUGGGCAUCUACGGCUCCAGGAAGCCCGGCAUCUGGAGCGACUGGAGCCACCCGGCUGCCGCCUCCACGCCCAGCAAUGAGAGGCUGCAGAGCGGCUCCUGCGAUCCGAAGCCCGGUGAGCAGAACUCCACCCUGCGACGGGAACUCAAGCAGUUCUUCGGCUGGGUCCGCAAGCACGCGUCCGGCUGCAGCGGCAUGUCAAUCAAACUGUACGACCAGUGGAGGGUGUGGCUGCAGAAAUCGCACAGAACGCGCAACCAGAUUCUGCAAGACGAUAAUUUAUAG